AUGUCCAAUGUUAUAAUAUUUACAGCAAUAAUUGGAUUAUUACUUCUAGCAGUAUUCAUUAUCCUAAACAAUCAAACCAAUACCAUAGCUAAUGUAACAGGAUUAACAAAAUCAACUAAUAAACAACCAACAUAUAUAAUUACAGGAUUAUCAAAUUCUGGUAAAACUUUAUUAUAUAAUAAGAUAGUUGGUAAUGAUAUUAGUUCAUCAUUGGGGACAGUUACAUCACAAGAACCAAAUUUUACUACAGAAUUAGCAUUACCAAGUACAGCACCAACUUCAACAAAAUUUAAAUUAAUUGAAUUUCCUGGUCAUCAAAAAUUACAAAAUUUAACAAUUAAUGAAAUUAAAAAUUCCUCUAAAGUUCAUGGAUUAAUUUAUUUAAUUGAUUCAAGUAUUGACCCAAAGAAAAUCAAUGAAAAUGCUAAAUUUCUGUAUGAUAUCUUAUCAAUAACUGAAAGAAGACCAGGUGGUAUAGAUAUAUUAAUUGGAUGUAAUAAAUCUGAUUUAUUUAGUGCAAGACAACCUCUCAAGAUUAGAGAAUUAUUAGAAAAAGAAAUUGAUUCAUUAAGGAAAUUAAAUGUAUCAAAUAUUUCAAAAAUUGAUAAUAAUGAUAUGGAAGAAGAAUUUAAUGAUUUAGGUCAAUCAAUUGAAAUGGAAUUUAAAUUUGAAAAAUUAGAAGGAAAUUUUGAUGUUAUUAAUGGUAGUGUUUUGAAGAAUCAAAUUGAUAAAUGGGAAUGUUGGAUUGAUGAAAGAGCUGUUAAUUUUUGA